CGAUCAUCAAAUGUCACUCCAUGUCGUGAGUCAAGUUAAAUCUUCUAUUGCCAGCCCUGUGGUAAAGAAUGUGAGAAACACAUAUAAUUUAAGAAAAAGUUUGUAGAAAAAUACAAAAGUGACUGUGGUAGAAGGUGGUAGUGGUGGAGGUAGAGGGUGGUAGUGGUUGUGAUGGUGGUAGAGGGUGAUAGCAAUGGUGGUAGAGGGUGGUAGUGGUUGUGAUGGUGUUGAGGGUGCGUAGCGAUGGUGGUAGAGGGUUGUAGUGGUGGAGAUAGAGGGUGGUAGUGGUUGUGAUGGUGGUAUGGUUUGAUAAGGCAUGGUGAGGCUGCCAGUUCUGACAAAAAAGCAGCUGAAAAAUAUGUGCAGGACUUUAAGGGGUACAUAGAGGCUGAAAAAUUAAAACCCCAACAAGUGUUCAAUUGUGACAAAACAGGUCUGUUUAGGAAGAAAAUGCCAAACAGGACCUACAUUACUCAGGAGGAAAAGGCACUCCCGGGACACAAGCCAGAAAAGGGCUUGUUACCUGAAGUCUUUAUGAAAGGAGGGAUUCCUCUUCCAAACAAUAGAAUACCUUCAUCCUCUGCCCUCCUCCCGUCUCAUCACUCAUCAACAAGUCCACAAUAAAGUGUGUGGUGUAAGUGUUGGUGUUAUGAAGGAUGGAAUCUGAACGCUUCUCCAGCCCUCUGGAAUCAGUCUUCCUUACAGCAGUGUGCAUCAGCCGGCCCAGCCCAGCUGCCAGAUGCAUGGUCGUAAGUCGAGUGGACGUAUGUCGAGCAGGAAGUAAGUCGGAUGACAGUGAAAGUGACAAGAUAGCACUGCUGCAAGAUUGUGUGCCACAGCUGGAAUCCCUCUUCAACAUCAGCCAUUGUAUUGGCCAUGGCACCUUCAGCUCAGUGUACCUGGCACGUACCAAGCACACCACCACUAUCAAUGGGCGUCGACAUUUUGCCAUAAAGCACAUCAUCCCCACCUCUCAUCCCUCACGUGUCUACAUGGAACUCAAGUGUCUGAAAAGUAUUGGGGGGGAGGACAACGUGAUGGGCAUCACCAUGUGUUUCCGGGAGAUGAACCACAUAGUGCUGGUCAUGCCAUUCCCACAUCACACAUUUCCUGAAUAUGUUGGUUGUUUAAGUACCAAUGAGCUGCAAGAUUACUUGAUCAACUUACUGAGAGCGUUACGUCGGGUACACAGCUACAACAUUAUUCACAGAGACGUCAAGCCUGCUAACUUCCUCUACAACAGGAAGCACCGAAGGUACUCCUUGGUAGACUUUGGUCUGGCACAAGAAGUUGGACAACCAAUGAUCCUGGGUUGUAGUGAGGCAGGAAGGUUCAACUCUCAGAGUACCAGAAGUAAACCCUCAGCAGCAACAGCGGCUGUCAUUGUUGAUACUCCUCACCUGACCAGCACCAAGACAGUCAAGAGGAAGCUAGGAGUCUCUCCUGGGGAAGCUAUGGAGAGUGAGAGGAACAAGCGUGUUUGUCGCUUGUCACCGCCUACCAGUGACGUCUCUGGUAUCCUCUCCAGCACCACAAGUCGUGUUAACCCGCUGUUACGACGGUCUCCAAGGAAGCAGUGUAAUAUUAGAAUUUCUCCCAAGAAAGAAAAUUUUGGAGCAUCAAAUAAGCUAGAUGUUCGGAACACCCCUAAGAAACUACACCAAAAUGUUGUACCUCAGGACUCUCCCAGCAAGCAUACUAGGAAGGCUGAGGCUGCCUGCAACCAUGACCUGCUGCAUGAUAGCACAGGUGAAGAAAAUAUUAGUUGUGUGCAAGGGAAGAAUGAUGGAGAAUCAAGGUUGAGAAGAUCACCCAGGAAAAUGUGCAGCAACAGCAGCAAACACCCAGCUACACCACUGGAAGGUCUGGCCAAGCACCUCCAUGAUGUUACAUUAAUCCACGUAAGCAGCAGAACACCAGCUGUUAGAAUUGACAAAAAUAAAGUAGAUUUAAGCACCAGCAUUACUACUUCCGUACCACGUGGAAAUUUGUCCCAGCGUCAGCGUCAGGCGCGUAGUGUUAUCACUUGUAGUCCCAGCCCAAGAGUGUCUGGCAUCACAGCAACACCUGAUCAACUACUCUCUAAACCUGCCAAGAACACAAGGAUGCUUCAAGAGGUCCACACUGAAGGUGGAAGUGUGUUGCGACCAGUCUCGUGUCACUGUUAUGGUAGUGCCAAAGUUUGUGGUGUGUGUGUUGGCAGAGGUAACCAAGUUGCGCCUCGAGCUGGUACUCCAGGCUUCAGAGCUCCUGAGGUUCUUCUGCGUCACCCUGACCAAGGAACAGCUGUUGAUAUGUGGUCUGUUGGGGUCAUUUUGUUGUGCCUCUUAAGUGGACGUUAUCCAUUCUUCCGUGCAGCAGAUGAUCUGUCAACUUUGGCAGAGAUUAUAACCAUACUGGGAACCAGCGCCGUGCGCAAAGCAGCGGCAAAACUUGGAAAGUUGCUUACAUGCAGUGAAGAUAGAAAGCCGCUUGACCUCAUGAAAGUAUGUGAAAUUCUUCGCAACGAUACUUUGGUGAGCGCCGGUGCCAAUGCCAAACUCGAACAAUGUACUGACUGCUUCCAGCGAGGUGCAUGUGUAUGCCUCAUACCUCCUACAAAAUCAGGCACAUUUUCACAAGGUUCAGGACAUACCAGUAAGAAACGAACACAAAUUCAUGUUUCAGAUGUACAGAAAAAGGGCUCAGUGCUCUCAGGCUCCUCCUGUGUGUCACCAGGUAAAAAAAGAACUAAAGGUCAGAUGAAUCAAAUGACACCAGAAUUCUAUUUUCCUCUUCAUUCAAGAGACAGUUUGAUAUCGUCUAUAAACAAAGUGGCAUCACUAGAUGCUCACAGUCAGCAGUGUGGCAAGAAAGUGGAUGCCCAACCAUGUGAAAAAGACCUUCAAAAACAAUUAGCAGAAAAAUUGGUGGUGGAGGAACUGCAUCGAGGACUUUUCCCAGAUGCUGCAGGUGAACCUCCAGUUGAGAGUGUGCACUUUACUCAUCGUGCAGAAGUUGUGUAUCCACCUCUGGUGUAUCACUUACUACUGAGGCUUCUGGAUCCCAAUCCAGAAACACGUAUUACUGCCGAAGACGCAUUAUCUCAUCCAUUUUUAAGCUCUUAAUCUUUUCAUUAAAUAGGAUUUCUUAAAAACUCCAAAAAUAUCUUCAUGGUAAAUUGUCUUCAAAUGAGAAUUUAGCAGUUGCCCAUUAAUAUUAUAAUGUAUGUGCGGUAUCCGUCCUCAGAGCAUAAUUUAUUUUGGUAAGGUUUUUUUUAAAGUUUUAUAAGUCACAACAGGCACUUGUCUUACACUGGGAAUAAUCUCUGGGGAAGAUAAGAUAUAUGUGUUGCUCACAUUAGUGAUGCUAUGAUUUAAAAAAAAAAAAAUUACACUACAGAUAAUCAGUUUUGGGCUAUUACCAAUGCCAUCGGAAUUAGCCAA